ACUCAGGGGGUUAACAUCUUGGUAGUAAAACUGUUAUGCAAAAUAGCCUUUAGGGUUUUUCCCCCUGCUAUAUCAGUUUAAAUGAAGGCAUCAUAUUUCAUAUUUUGAGAUGCUAUCAUUUGCUUAACAAUUCUGCUUUAAAUAGUUCUGUGUUAGUGAGAGGGGAACAUAAAUAGUUAAAGGAGUAGGGAACAUUGUGGGUUUAAGGAGUCACGAAGGGGCAGGUGUUAACCUUCCUCUCCUUCUCCAGGAUUAAAGGUUGCCCAGCUGGCGUGUGGAAGUUUUGAGGAAGAGCGUUGAGGAGCUCUCAUCAUCCUGCUCCUCUUUCCUCCUCUUCCAGGAAUGCCUUCCCAGGUUUUGACAGUCUUCCAAGAACAACAGAAAAUGAACAAAUCCCAGAUGCUCAUCACGUGUUUGUGGCUGAAUAAGCAAAUGGUAGGCUUGGGAACCAAACUCUGCUCUGACUGGAUAAUCAUCCUACCUGAAUACAGAGCAGGGCCAUCCAGGAGAAUUGGGGUCUCCUUUCCCUUCUCUGAAUGCUAUCUUGGAUCAUACAAGAAGUGUGCUGGCCAGGGAUCCGUGUCAUUCAAGGACGUGACUGUGGACUUCACUUGGGAUGAGUGGCUACAGCUGACCUCUAUGCAGAGGACCCUGUACCGGGAUGUGAUGCUGGAAAACUACAGCCACCUGGUCUCCGUGGGGUACUGCAUCAGCAAACCAGAGGUGAUCUUCAAGCUAGAGCAAGGAGAAGAGCCGUGGCCAUUAGAGAGAGCAUUUCCAUGCCAGAGUGAUCCAGUGACCUUACUCAAAACCAGAACCCUACUCUCUGAUGCCUUCAUUCCUAAUUGUAAGUAUAUAUUUUUAAAUCUAAAGCAUCUGUUUCGUCUUGUUGCUGGCCUUAUAUAAUCUUAGGGUUGUCUUCUAUUACUUAAGAUACCUCUUCUUAAACAUUAUCAGUCCAUAUUCAUCCUUUUUUGUUGAUGUUACUAAAAAACUCAUGGUAAGUUCCAUUUGAUCCUCCUUCUAAAUACUGCUCAUACAUCUUACCCACAUCUGCACCCCUUCUUGAGGUUUGCCUGUCCAGAUUCUUAAGAAGGGGCUUAGGACUGUGCCUGGCAUGUAGUUAAUGCUUGUUGUGCGUAUUUUACACUUAGUUUAUGUUUGAGCUCAAGUACUCACCUUUGUUUUGAAGUGCUUCUUACUCUCUCCCCUCUUAGAAUUCCCAUUUCACUUAGCAGCUGAGCCACAAGGAAUUCAGACCUCAUCAUAUACUGUGACACCUGAGAGCAUCUGGUUAUUGCUGAGGCUUUUGUCCCCAUCUGGGGGGCCUCUUUUAAUUUUUUUUAACUCUUCCUUAAUUUGAUAUAUAAUAGAUAUGCUCAUCUAUUAAUACUGAUAGAUACGUUUAUUCAGAAAGCAUUUCCUAAGUACAUAGGCCUACGUCACUUACCUGUAGAUUCUGAUUCAUAGGGUACAUGGAUUGACAUGGGGCUAUGAAAGUCUAUACUCCAUGUUUUGUUAUUUUUUAAAAAUGAAUUUAUUUUUAUUUUUUGUUUAUUUUUGGCUGCAUUGGGUCUUCAUUGCUGCACACGGGCUUUCUCCAGUUGCGGUGAGCAGGGGCUACUCUUUGUUGCGGUGCUUGGGCUUCUUAUUGUGGUGGCUUCUUGUUGCGGAGCGUGGGCUCUAGGUGUGUGGGCUCAGUAGUUGUGGCUCACGGGCUCUAGAGCACAGGCUCAGUAGUUGUGGCUCAUGGGCUUAGUUGCUCUGCGGCAUGUGGGAUCUUCCCAGACCAGGGCCCGGACCCAUAUCCCCUGCACUGGCAGGCGGAUUCUUAACCUCUGCACCACCAGGGAAGCUGUACUCCAUGUUUUGAAUAAAAAUUUCCAGGUUAUUCUGUGGGGGAGGGAUAAAUUAGGAGGUUGGGAUUAACAUAUACACACUACUAUAUAUAAAAUAGAUAAUCAACAAGGACCUACCGUAUAGCACAGGAAUCUACUCAGUACUCUCUAAUAGCCUAUAUGGGGAAAGAAUCUAAGAAAGAAUAGGUAUGUGUAUAUGUAUAACUGAAUCACUUUGCUGUACACCUGAAACUAACACAACAUUGUAAAUCAACUGUACUCCAAUACAAAACAAAAAUUAAAUUAAGAAAAAUUUCCAGGUACUUCUGAUGCUUUUUGAGGGCCACCAACUGAAUGUCUACUCAAAGGUACUCAAAGGCAACUGGAGAUACAUUAAAACCUGCUAGGAGCAUAGGCUGUAGUUGGGAGAAAGAAACAAAAUUGUGUGAUAUAUAUUGAAAUUCAGUGUUACAAGUGCUAUUGUGGAUAAAGUUAGUCCUUUCCAUAGUGUUGCCAGUUAAUAAAAAGUAUAGGUAGUGACUAUUUCAGUGUUGGAGAAGAUGGAGUUGGAGGCAUCAUUUGAAAAAAGUAUGUGAGGAAGGGAGGGGGAGAGGGAGGGAAGAACAGGGGAGGAAAGGGGAGAGAUACAUUUCCUGGAGGACGUCUGAGUUUUUAGUAGAACCAAAGCUGAAAAGCAGACUUCUGAAUGGAAGAACCUAUCAGACUUGUAAGGCUUGUGAUUGGGAAUAAAUAUUUUUUAAAAUAUUUAUUGUGUAUUUUUGUAAGGAUAUCUUGAACAAGUAAUAUGUCUUAUUUUGCCCAUUGGCUUACAGAUAGUGGGCUGUAUCUGUAUAUGUACAGAUAAUUUGUUUUAUCCCACACCUAAGACUUCCUCUGACAUUUCUCCUGAAAUCCAUGUACACUAAUAUUUCUCACUCUACUUCCUGUUCAUGGUUUUCGUUGGGAUAAUAACCCAGUUAUCUAUGAGUUUCCCUCAGCUCACUGUUCCUUAUGUUUAGUUUCUUCUUCUCUUUUUAGUUCUGAAGGUCUUAUUUUAUUUAUUUAUUUUUUUGUGGUACGCGGGCCUCUCACUGUUGUGGCCUCUCCCAUUGCGGAGCACAGGCUCCGGAUGCGCAGGCUCAGCAGCCAUGGCUCACAGGCUUAGCUGCUCUAUGGCAUGUGGGAUCUUCCCAGACCGGAGUACGAACCCGCGUCCCCUGCAUCGGCAGGUGGACUCUCAACCACUGCGCUACCAGGGAAGCCCUGAAGGUCUUAUUUUUAAAACAGCAAAUAUAUGUGUGUGCAUUGUAGUUUUAGUCUCCCUUUUCCACUAUAGCAGGUGUUUUCUAUUUUUCUUUUUUUUUGAUCUAAGGGGAUAUAUAUGCUUGGGAUUUGGGGAUUUCAUCCUAGGAGCUUGGGACUAAAAAAUGAGAAUCACUGAUGUAGUAAAUUUUAUUUACAUAGGAAAUGUGUUAGCAUUUUUAAAGUAUACCUAAUUUUUCUUAUUUAUGACCUUAUAGACAGA